AUGUCAUUCUUAAAUUUUGAAUUAAAAUAAAACACUCAUGAUUACGAAAAGGAUAAAUUAGGUCCAGAUAAAACUUCCAAUAUGAUCAAUCCUAAAUAAGGGUCAAAUAGCGAAAUUUAAUUUUAUUCCGAACUAAGUGUUAUAGAUAGCAAUAGGCCAGUGCAAUAGUCAAGCUUAAUAAGGCCUUUAGCACAAAUUAAAAAGGAAUCCUCAGGAAGAUAACUGAAAUUUAAUGUAAAGUUAAUUUUGAGUAAACUUAGAAUUCAUAGAAAACUGUUAAAAUUGAGUAAAGUGCCAAUAAAAUUUCCAAUUUUCGCAAAGUGAUCCAUCAGAAUGAAGAAACCAUAAAGGUUGUUUAAACUAAAUUUUUGAAUAAGUUAUUAGAGGCAGCAAAUAUAUGGAGAAAAGAUAUAUUCGAUUACAAUAAGGACGUUAUAAAUAAUAUAUUUUCUUAUGACUCAAAGGAGUAGAAUAAUGGAGAAAUAAUCAAUUCUCAUUAGGGAAUUUUAAGCCUAAAAAUUGAAGUCUUAUUACCUACUUAACUGUUUGUAAAAAUUUGGGAUCUGAUGGCAAUAAUAAUAAUUGCGAUAACAUUAUGGUUUUCAUCAUUCGUAGCUACAUUUGACUUAUUUUAAAAUAACUUCUACAAAAUCGUAAUUUACAUAUUCAUCGCAUUCUUUUUUAUAGAUGCUUUUAUAAUCUGUCAUAAGGCCAUUAUUUUAUAGGGAGAACUGAUGUUAGAUAAAAGAAUUAUAAUUCAAUAAUAUAUAAAGGGCCAUAUUUAUGGAGAUAUCAUAAAUUGUUUAAUUUGGAUAAUUUAACUAUCUCAUAUUGAGGAUAUGCAUGCAAGACAAUUGCUCUCAUUGAUCUAGACAGUGUUUAUAAUCAUUAAAUUAUACAAUCGUUUAAACAAUUAUAUCGAUUGUUUAUACAUGAGUGGCAGUUUGAGUGAGUUGAUCGAUUUGAUCAUUUUGAUCAAUUACAUAUUUUUUUGUGUUCAUAUAUUUGCAUGUUAUUGGACAUACAUAGGAUUUGCAACAGAAAAUGAAGGCAUCAAUUGGCUGAUAAAAAACUCAGUUGAAAAUAAGGGACAUUGGGUUUAGUACAAUACGGCAAUGUAUUGGGCAACCAUGACAAUGGUAACAGUUGGAUAUGGUGAUGUAACAGCUGGAAACUAGUAUGAAAUUUUGUAUUCUAAUUUCGCUAUGUUUAUCAGUAGCUUAGUAUUUGCAUAUUCCAUGAAUUCGAUUGGAAUCAUCAUAAAGAACAUCUAAGUGUCCUCAAGUUUCUACAAGUAUGUAUAAAAAGAAUUCUUAGGAAAAACUUAAUCUUAAUGAAUACUUAUAUGAAAAAUAAUCUUGUUUCAGAUUCCAUUUAAAAUAGAGUGAGAAACUUCCUGAAAUAUUAAGCAGAAAAUAACCAACAAGCCAAUGCACAAGAUGUAACAUUAGAUAUCUUAUUGUUAGAUUCAUAAUAUUAUUGAUGAGUUUCCACCUUUACUUUAGGACGAAUUAAAAUAAGAUAUUAGAUUGAGGAUACUCAAAUAAAUUAAACUUUUUGAUAUCUUUACAGAGAAAAUUAAAUAUGCCGCUGCAAACAAAUUGGAAUAUGGCUCUUGUAUUCCUAAUGAUGUGUUAUUUGAUAAUUAGAUCAAUAACGAUAAUUCUUUGUAAGACUAUAUAUUAAAUAUAAAGAUAUUUCAUAGAGAAAGGAGAAGUGAUGAUCUAAGAGAGUGUGACUAAGAAAUAAUUGGAAACAUUUAAAUCAGGAGACUGUUUUGGUUAAUACUAAUUUAUUACGAAUAGUUCUCUACCAAUAAGAGCUGUGAGUCAGUCUUUUACAUAGGUCUAUAAGAUAUCUAGAAGUGAUUUCUUAAAGGUUUUGAAUACUAGUUCAAUCGAUUUUGAAACUUAUCAUAAUAUAAAAGAUAAGUUACUUCAUGGUCAUGAAAUGAGCAUUAUAAAUUAGAAAUGUAACAUCUGUUCUUCCUUUACUCACAUAAAUGUGUUUUGUCCUAAGAUUAGCUAUAGACCUGACUUAGAGAGAUUGAUUAAGUCAGAGUACUUUGUGAAAUAAGAGAGGAAAUAAAUCACUAGAAUAGAUAGACAAAAAAUCAAUUCUUUAGGAGAUUAUGAGAACAUAUUGAUUUCAGUAAAUUAAUAUCAGAAACAAGAGUUUAAUCUGUAAUCUUAAAACAAUUAUGAGAAAACAUCUUAAGAUCAAAAUGAUAGCUAAUUCCACUAAAAUAAAAAAAAUAAUUAAUCUAGUUUAUAACAAUUAGCACGUUAAUAAAGUGAUUAAUGUAAAUUAAUUUAAUUAUAUUAUAUUAGAGAAUUUCAUCACAUAAAAUUCCAUAGGAUCAUAGUUUGUUAAACAACAAUCUAAAUAGUUCGUUUUUUAAAAGUCUAGAGAAAUAUAAAAUCUUGAAAAUAUUCUAGAUUUAGAAAAUGUGGUCGUUUCAGGGCCAGUUGCCUAGGCAUAGAAAUUAACAACGAAAUAUGCAUUUUAAACCUCCGAUUUAAUUGAAGAUCAAUUGCAAAUUCACUUUUGUGACAUUGAUAUUGCCUUAAAAUCAUAAAUUUAUUUGCCCUAAAAUCAUAUCUCAGUCGUUAUUGCGUAAAAUAAUUAACGGUGUAUUAAAUAAUAGUAAAAAUGGGAUUUAAAUUAUAAAUACACGUUCUUUUAUCGAGUAGCUCGAUUGUGUAAAUUAGAGAAGCUAGUAAGUCAAAGUAAUCUAAAAAAAAAAAGAUUCGUCAUGAAGAAUAUAUAAAAAAAAGAAAAAUAGUGA